CCAGCCCCGAAGUAGUCUUUUGGGGUUGGAGGAGGGGCGCGAGCGCGCGGCAAAUCGGGCGGGAAGAGGCAAAAAAGGAUGUGGGAGCGCGCCGCGGCGGUUCCUGUCCUUACAGUUGCGCGGCCCAGGGACCGAUGUUGCGCGAGGGAAAUGCGGGACGCCCAGGGUCUUGCUCUAUUGCCCAGGCUGGAGAGCAGAGGCGUGAUCACAUCUCACUGCAGCCUUGUCCUCCUAAGCUCAGGGCCAUUUCUGAGCAGUGGAGGUUUCAAGUAAUCCGCUAACAACCAGUUCCAAAUUCUGUCAUCAAAUCCUGUGCUGCUGUUCCUUGUGGUAAUAGAUGCAUAUUAUUUCUUUUAUUUAAAAGAAAUGAAUGUGACUAGUAUUGCAUUAAGAGCUGAAACCUGGCUUUUAGCUACAUGGCAUGUUAAAGUACCUCCGAUGUGGCUGGAAGCUUGUAUUAACUGGAUUCAAGAAGAAAAUAAUAAUGUUAACUUGAGUCAGGCCCAAAUGAAUAAACAAGUGUUUGAGCAGUGGCUCCUUACUGAUCUGAGGGAUUUGGAGCAUCCUCUUUUACCUGAUGGCAUUUUAGAAAUUCCAAAAGGAGAAUUAAAUGGAUUUUAUGCUCUGCAGAUUAAUUCCUUGGUUGAUGUAAGUCAGCCUGCAUACUCCCAGAUACAGAAGUUGAGAGGAAAGAAUACAACAAAUGAUCUAGUUACAGCUGAAACACAAGUAACCCCAAAACCUUGGGAAGCAAAGCCUUCACGAAUGUUGAUGCUGCAGCUAACUGACGGAAUUGUACAAAUACAGGGAAUGGAAUAUCAGCCUAUUCCAAUUCUUCAUAGUGAUCUUCCUCCAGGUACAAAAAUUUUGAUUUAUGGAAAUAUAUCUUUCCGUCUUGGUGUUCUCUUAUUGAAACCAGAAAAUGUGAAAAUGUUAGGAGGUGAAGUAGAUGCUCUUUUAGAAGAAUAUGCCCAAGAAAAAGUACUUGCAAGAUUAAUAGGGGAACCUGAUCCUGUAGUUUCAGUCAUACCAAACAAUUCUAACGAAAACAUUCCCAGAGUUACAGAUGUUCUAGAUCCUGCAUUAGGUCCUUCUGAUGAAGAACUCUUGGCAAGUCUUGAUGAAAAUGAUGAGCUUACAGCAAAUAAUGACACUUCCUCAGAAAGAUGUUUCACCACAGGUAGUUCCUCAAAUACCAUUCCCACAAGACAGUCAAGUUUUGAGCCAGAAUUUGUUAUUUCUCCAAGACCAAAAGAGGAACCAUCAAACCUAUCUAUGCAUGUCAUGGAUGGGGAAUUAGAUGACUUUUCAUUGGAGGAGGCCUUGCUUUUAGAAGAAACUGUCCAGAAAGAACAGAUGGAAACUAAAGAAUUGCAACCAUUGACUUUUAACAGAAAUGCCGAUCGAAGUAUAGAGAGAUUGUCACAUAAUCCUAAUACUACGAAUAAUUUUUCUUUGACUUGCAAGAAUGGAAACAAUAAUUGGAGUGAAAGAAAUGUGUCUGAACAAAUGACUAAUGAAGACAAAUCAUUUGGUUGUCCAUCUGUUAGAGACCAAAACAGGAGUAUUUUUUCAGUUCAUUGUAAUGUACCCUUGGCCCAUGAUUUUACAAAUAAAGAAAAGAACUUAGAGACAGAUAAUGAAAUAAAACAAACCAGCAGUUCAGAUGGACAUUCCUUAAAUAAUAAAAUAUUAAAUAGAGAGGUGGUCAACUAUGUACAGAAAAGGAGUUCACAAAUUUCUAAUGAAAAUUAUCGUAAUUUACAGAGUUCUUUAAGAUCAUCGGAGAAUAGCAUUAAUCUUUCUAUUGCCAUGGAUUUGUAUUCUCCACCCUUUAUCUAUUUGUCUGUUCUAAUGGCCAGCAAACCAAAGGAAGUUACAACAGUGAAAGUGAAAGCAUUUAUUGUAACCUUAACUGGAAAUCUCUCAAGUUCUGGUGGCAUUUGGAGUAUAACUGCAAAGGUGUCUGAUGGUACUGCAUAUCUAGAUGUAGACUUUGUGGAUGAAAUACUUACUAGCUUGAUAGGGUUCUCAGUACCAGAAAUGAAACAGUCAAAAAAGGAUCCUCUUCAAUACCAAAAGUUCCUGGAAGGGUUGCAGAAAUGUCAGAGAGAACUAAUAGAUUUGUGCUGUCUAAUGACUAUUUCAUUUAAUCCUUCCUUGUCUAAAGCAAUGGUACUGGCAUUACAAGAUGUUAAUAUGGAACACCUUGAGAAUCUAAAGAAGCGGUUAAAUAAAUAAUUAAACUAAAAUAGUAUUAGGAACAAUUAAAAACAAGGAAAUAUUUAGAAUUUGUUCACAAUUUUACUUAUGAGACUUUGUAUAAAAAGGAAAAAUGAAAUUUCAUAGCUUAUUUCAGUUUAAUUUUAAAGUGUUUAAUCAUGUUUGUUAUAUGUGGAGCUUUUGAAAAUAAGUUAAUCUUUUUUUUUUUUUUUUUUUUUAAAGUCAGGGUCUUGCUCUGUUGCCCAGGCUAGAGUGCAGUGGCAUGAUCAUAGGUUAUUGCAUCAACCUCUUGAGCUCAAGCGAUCCUCCUGCCUUAGACUCUUGAGUUGCUGGGACUAUAGGCAUGUACCACCAUGCCCAGCUAAUUUAUUAUUACCAUUAUUAUUUUGUAGGGACAGAGUUUUGCUAUGUUGCCCAGAUUGGUCUCAAACUCCUGGCCUCUCAAUCCUGCUGUCAUGGCCUCCAAAGUUUAAUUCUUUUAAAAGUAACUGUUAGAUGGAGGAAUAUGGUGACCCACUAUUGUUGAGAAGUUUGUUUUCCACUUGUCAUGUCACAUAAGAUGGUUGCUAAAAUAUUGUACUGGUGUUCAGUGGUGAGUCAUAUUGUUGAAAGUUAAUAAUUAUAAAUAGGUAAUUUCCUUCUAAUAUGUUGGUACUGUCUAUGGCCAUACCACCCUGAACAUGCCUGAGCUUGUCAUAAUAUGUUGAGUACCCAAAAGAUUUGUUUAUAUUGUUAAUCUUAGGGAAAAAAAAUUAAAAUCCAGUAGAUCAGAACAUUAGGCUUUCAAAUGCAAAUUGAUUUACUGGUUUUUAUUUUGCUGAUUCUAAUAUCUGGUGUAUUUAAGGUAAUCUAGUUAACUAGAUGCUAUUUCAUAGAUUAUAUUGAAUGAUUUAAAACUUUAUUUUCAAGGAUAGUUUGUUUUAAAUGGCAUAUUGAAAACAUCAUUAUUAAGAUCCAGUAGGUAGGACAUUUAUUGGAUUAAAAUCAGGCAUUUAUCUAUGUCUUUAGGUGUCAUUGUUCCCUUUCUGAAUUAGCUGUACAUAUAAGCCUUCCUUUGGUUUUAAGUACUGAUUUUUUUUAAAAAAAGAGGGACUGUUUACCAUUCUUCCACUGUGCUGUUAUAAAGUUGUAUUUGAAAGGUAAUGUUUUUAUUAAUCUUUUGUCUUAAAAUAAUUUAAAGUGCUUCGAAUUUUAAAACAUUAAACAAAUCCUUAAAUAACAAAA